AUGGUACAGAUGUCUCAAGAGGCUCUCAGUGAUGUAUGUGCCGUUAAGGGGGAGGUGAAGGCAAAGGAGGCUCUCAGUGAUGGAAUAUGUUGCAUCUACUUGAAAUCCUGCCUAUCUCCUCUUGAUUCCCUUUCUCUCCCAGCUAUUCACAAUAAGACUCAGCCUAGACUCCCUCUGACCAAAAACCAAGGUUUCCCAGGAGCUCCCAAGACCGCUUUUGCACCACCAGAGAGACACCUGGAAGCUAGGCCUGACCCCCGCUCCAAUGAGCCUCAAUGGCCACAGUUCCCACUGGACGGAGGAAACAGUAUUAGAAAUGCUUCCUCUCAUCUCGUGGACCUCCCUCCUGCCUCCCCCCAACUCCUGCCCACCAAAACCCCCAGUACCUCCUCUGCCACCCCUGUCCUUAACAACCCCUCUCCACCUGGUGAAAAGCAACAGGGAAAGACCCAACCCAGGGGACCUACUAGCGCCACAGUGAAGACACAUAACCCUUCCUCUGCUCUCAGCAAAUCACAGAAAGGAGCAUCACUGCUAACCCCCGCCCUGGGCAGUGAGAAAGCCAAUAAUAACAACUUGGGUCAAGGCAGCCAGAGAAAUUUGAAACCCCAUGGCCCGGCCAUCACACUGAUAGGCAGGACCAUGAAGUCUCCUGCUGCCACAAACUCUCUCUUUCCCUUCACUGAUGGCUCAAGACAAGAUACCCCAUCCUCCUCCUCUUCUUCCUCAUCCUCCUCCUCAUCCCCUCUUCACAGGUCUAAUAACUCAUCACAGACCUCCGGAACAACAGGGGCCAAUGGUAAGCAUCACAAAGGAACCGGCCUCCCCAAACCAGUCGUUUGGAACAGACUGAGAAUGGCAAACACAAACAACUCGCUGUUGGAGGACAUAAACCCUGAUGUUUUGGGCCGUUCAGGCUUCUCUUCCAUUGAGGACCAGUUCUAUGGAUCUCGUCCGUCCAUUCCUGUCAACAAAAAGACCAACCUGGUUGGCAAACCUGGUGAUAUGAACAAGCUGAAUGUCUUGGAAGCAAACGGACAAGACCGCAGACACACAACAACGACUGCACCAUCAGCCAACGACAUCUGGUUUGAAACCUGGGAGAACUCCUCAUUAUUCAGCUCCCUACCAGCCUCUGACGUGGACGCAUUGGGAAAGAAACGUUUCGUUGCACCCCAUGUAGUCUACAAGACGGACAAGAAACCAGACGAGCCUUGUUCCAUCACCACCUCUCUCAGCUACUUCCCAGAGGAGGAGGGCGGGGAGACAAACGUGACAGCCCCGCCUAAGUCUCCGCCUCCAACCUCACCGUG